AGCAGGUAGUGUUGCGCCAUAACCCACAAAGAAGGAGAACAAAACGUUGAUUAGGUGGCGGCUAUAUAUUUGCAAGGCCAUUUUCAAGAAAGAUAUUUUAAGAGAAACUACAUCUUGUGAGACAAUGUCGGCCAACUUCGGAAGCUAGCUCAGCUGUUCUGGCGAUGAAAUGGGGAAAUGCCUGCCAUUUUCAACCGACUACAAGGGGUACCACUGGCUUAUACGGCGUUGAAUCGUUCUACAAAAUAGUUUCUGUCUGCAUCUUGGGAGAAUGACCCAUGCAUUAAAAUGCGACCCCGACGUAAAAGAAGACAUCCAGCAGCAUACACUUAUGGAGAAGUUGGAUGAAGACAGAAUUAGUGGCUCUCUGAUUAGUGCCCGGAAGCAGGUGCAUGUCUUUGGAGAUUGGAGGAAGUUGGAGUACCUGGAGGGAACCCAUGCAGUCUCAGGGAGAACAUGCAAACUCCACACAGAAAGACCCUGAGCCUGGGGAUCGAACGCAGGGCCUUCGUAUAGUAAGGCACAUGCACCAAACCCUGUACCACUGUGUUGCCUGUGAAAGAAACACCGAUUUCCAAAACUGGGACAGGUCCAAAACAUUUGGGCAAGAUCGGCUUUCCCUUGAUAACACCUAUUGCAAAUUGGAUCCAGUCCAGGGAAAAUGCGGGUCAGUUUUCUUUUGGACUAGUGGACUCUGGAGGAGUGGACUCGUUUCAAAAUCUGGUUCCAGGGAAACUCCUGAACUUGACUUGGGGGCCGAUAUGGUGUCAGUCCCGGGCCAGAUUUGGCCCCAACGCCACCAGUUGAAUGGCAGUGCUCUAGAGAUUUACUGCUUGCGCCAAACCGCUUUUUCCAAGGAAUGUGUUCAUUCACGCUGCUGUACGGAAAUUGUCGCUGUCGGGCAAGAACCACACCGCAUCUUUCAGUUGAAGCAGCCACACUUCACAGCAAUUACCGUCAGAAUGUGGCUUCAACCGCAGCUGACCAAUAUUCUCAUCCGCCCCUUGGAACCUGUAAGUGCUUCUUUGCGUGUGAGUGAGCAACAGCGGUUGGAUGUUCUUUGUGCAGCGAACAUCCAAGCCGCAGGUAUGUCCAAAUCAUGCUUCAGACCUUCCAACAACAAAUGGAAAACAGGCUAUGGGCACGGAGAGAGAAAGAGAAGAGAAAAGGAAGCAGAUUUGUGGCUCCUGCGUGCAAGCGUCACUCAUAAUGGGAGUCACGUUUCGGCGAACACUGUUGUUUCGGAGCCAUUAGACCGGAGUAGGUACCCGACUGCGGGUGACUCACGUCAAAAGCAAACUCACUCAGGAGAAAGUUCUACACCAGAACAAGUCGAUAAGAGAGGCUUUUUUGCACUUGAAAGCGCACGUGCAGCACAAACAGGCACACGUGAUGUCGGCGCAGAACUGUACAGUAGGCACGGUCAUGUUCACACUCUGCAAACUCAAGCUCAGCUGUAGCACAACAAACACACACUGACACACAAACCAGGCACCAAGAAGGAACACAACGACACUGACAUGCACGUUCUGUAGGCUUCCUCGGACAAGUCUCCAUGAUGACCGCUACUGUUUUACACCAAUAGCAUCAGCAUGCAUCAUGGGGGCGGGGGUGUAGCGUCACCUCUCCUCUAAUCGGGAACCGCCGGGGUUCUGAUGACGAGAAAAAAACGACCAAAAAAAAACAUGCAGCUGACUGCAGGAUUCCGAGCAGACGAGAGCUAGCUGCCACACAGAAAGAGAGAGAGAGAGAGAGAGUGCAAGAUGGCUGACGAAGUGAACCGCUUCAUCUGCAUAGUAAACAUUACAACUGUAGUACAGCAGUGAGGCCAUGACACAGCACACA